AUGGGUAUUCCUAAAUUUUUCAGAUACAUCUCUGAGAGAUGGCCAAUGAUAUCACAGCUUAUUGAUGGGUCUCAGAUCCCAGAGUUCGACAAUCUGUAUCUGGAUAUGAACUCGAUCCUACAUACGUGCACGCACGCCAACGACGAUGACGUGACGAAACGGUUAUCGGAGGAAGAGGUGUUUGCAAAGAUUUUUGCGUACAUCGACCACUUGUUUCACACCAUAGGCCCCAAGUGCACUUUCUACAUGGCCAUCGACGGUGUGGCUCCGCGUGCGAAAAUGAACCAGCAACGAGCCCGUCGUUUUAGAACGGCCAUGGACGCAGAAAAAGCCCUGCAAAAAGCCAUCGCGAACGGCGAGGAAAUCCCCAAGGGUGAACCUUUCGACUCCAAUUGUAUCACCCCGGGCACCGAGUUUAUGGCGAAGCUAACGCAAAAUUUGAAAUACUUCAUCCAUGACAAGGUCUCCAACGACUCGGCUUGGAGCUCGGCAAAGAUCAUUUUGUCCGGCCAUGAAGUCCCUGGUGAAGGAGAGCACAAAAUCAUGGAACAUAUCAGACGCUUGAGAUCACAGCCUGACUAUAACGCUAACACCAGACAUUGUAUCUAUGGGCUAGAUGCGGAUUUGAUCAUGCUGGGUCUCUCGACACAUGACCCACAUUUCGCCUUACUAAGAGAAGAAGUCACAUUUGGCAGACGCCAAAAGUCUCAGCCCUUAGAACACCAAAACUUUUAUCUGCUCCAUAUUUCUCUGUUACGUGAAUACCUGGAACUAGAGUUCAGUGAAGUCGCAGAUGAUUUGCAAUUUGAUUAUGACUUUGAGCGGAUUUUGGACGAUUUCAUUCUAGUAAUGUUCGUCAUCGGGAAUGACUUCUUGCCCAACCUGCCCGAUCUGCACUUGAACAAGGGCGCAUUCCCCGUUCUGCUUCAAACUUUCAAGGAGGCUUUGAGACAUCUUGAUGGCUACAUAAAUGAGCAAGGUACUAUAAACUUGCCUCGUUUCCAAGUCUGGCUACAAUACCUAGCCAAGUUCGAGCUAAUGAACUUUGAGAAAGAUGACAUCGAUGUUGAAUGGUUUAACAAGCAAUUGGAGAAUAUCUCUUUGGAGGGGGAGAGAAAGCGGGCCCGUAUGGGCAAGAAACUUUUACUCAAACAACAAAAGAAGAUUGUCGGUGCAGUAAAACCGUGGCUGUUGAAAACAUCUUCGACACCUUUUGAUGCAAGCAGUGUAUCAGGCGAUCAAGUGCCCACAUUCCCUCUGGACGAUGGUAUCAUCGAGGAAAACCUACCAUUUCUAAAAGAACUAGCCUUUGACUUGGGCUUGUUUGUGGCUCACUCCCAGUCCCAGAACAAGUACUACUUGCAGCUUGAUAUAGACGGAAUUAAUCCUAAUGAGUCUGAAGAGGAGCAUGCAAGUCGCAUUGCUACCUUGAGAAAGUCAAUAAAAAAAUAUGAACAAGCUGUGCUUGUUGAAGAUAGCGAAGAACUGGAGUCAGAGCAGAAGCUUUACGGUGAAAGAUUCGAAAAGUGGAGAGACGAAUACUACAAGGACAAAUUGGAGUUCAGUUAUCAUGACGAGGAUGAAUUGCGCGAACUGACGGAGAACUAUGUGGAGGGUCUUCAAUGGGUACUCUACUACUAUUACCGAGGGUGUCCAUCGUGGUCUUGGUAUUACAAGUACCAUUAUGCGCCUCGUAUCUCUGACGUUGAAAAAGGUCUAAAUCAAAUGAUCAAAUUUGAUAAGGGUACCCCGUUUAAACCCUUUCAACAGUUAAUGGCCGUUCUACCGGAGAGAUCAAAAAACUUGAUACCCGUCGCUUACAGACCUCUGAUGUACGAUCCCAAGUCCCCUAUCGCCGAUUUCUAUCCAAGCGAAGUCGAAUUAGACAAAAAUGGGAAAACCGCAGAUUGGGAAGCUGUGGUUAAGCUUUCGUUUGUGGAUGAGACUAGACUCAUCGAGGCAAUGACCACCAUGGAGGAUAAGUUGACUGUCGAAGAACGCAAUAGGAAUCGCUUCGGUACAGACUUGAUUUUCAUUUACAACCCUCAAAUUGACGAUAUCUAUAAAUCUCCUCUCAGUGGAUUUUUUUCUGAUGUCGAACACAACCACUGCGCGGAACGUGAGUAUAUUCCAAAAUCUAUGGAUGGCCUGGAAUUGCUAUAUGGGCUGCCAGAAGGCGCUAAAUUGGGAUCUGAAGCUUUGGCUGGCUUUCCUACACUCAAGACUCUUUCGUUUGAUAACAAAUUAGAGUACAAUGGUUGCACGGUUUUUCAGCAGCCUUCCAAGCAACAAUCUAUGUUGCUCAAUAUCAAAGAUGCGUACGAGGAAAGCAACUUAACACUAGAUGAAUUUGCUAAGACACACCUGGGUAACGUGGUUUACACCAGAUGGCCUAACCUCAGAGAGUCAAAAGUACUCUCUAUUACCGAUGGUCAGACCAUUUUCGAGGUCUCCAACGACCGAAAAUCUCCCAACCACAAGCCCCGUGUAGUAGAGAGGAGGCUGGACGAUGUUGAGACUAAGCUAUUCAAUACACAGAAAGCGGGUUUGCGUAGAAAUUAUUCUGUGCAAAAGGGUGUAAUGCUUGGUCAAAUUCGUGCAAUUGUGCGCGUUGUUCCAGUCAAUGGUCUGAGUAGAAAUGCGGAUGGGGCCUACACAAAGACCUUUUCUUCAAUCGAGGAAUUUUAUCCGCUGCAGCUAGUCGUGGAAGACGUUGAAAAUAAAGAUGCACGUUUUAUGGAGAGAACACCGCUACCGGUGGAAGAAGAGUUCCCAGAGGGUAUGAAUGUCAUAUUUUUGGGGGAUUAUGCUUACGGUGGCAAAGCUACCGUUGACGGCUACAGUAGCAGCACGAGACUCAAACUUACAGUUGAAAAACAUAGUACUGAGAGGGAACCAAGUAUUGGCAAAAUGAGGGCUCAAUUAGACGAAAAGAUGAUUCGCUAUUAUCCGUCUUUUGCUGUCUCCAAGAAAUUGCAAAUUCAUCCACUGUUUUUAUCAAGAAUUACGUCGCGGUUCAUGGUUGGAGGCUUCGGUGAAAGGCCCAUAAACUUUGGUUUGGAAAUCAAAUUUGAGUCACGUCAUGAAAAGGUACUGGGCUAUGCUAGACGCAAUCUGAAGGGUUGGGAAUAUUCAGACAUGACAAUGGCGCUUCUUUCUGAGUAUAGAAAGAACUUUCCAGAUCUUUUCUUCAAGUUGUCAACGCAAGCCAAGGACACCCCAUCUUUCGAUAAGAUGUACCCUGAUGCCAAACGUGAAGAUUUGAAGAGUUUGAUCGACAACGCGCGUUCGUGGCUCAAGAACGUCAAGCAAAACUUUGUUACGGUCUCUUUUGAAAGCGACUCUUUAACAAAAGCUUCUAUGAUUGCGGUUGAGGAUGAAAUUGAAAAGUACGUUGCGGUUGCUCCAACAUCUAGCAGGAAGCAGUUGGCCAAGGUCCCCCGGGAGGCUAUUUUGGACCCUCAGGUGUCUCUUUCCAUGCUGCGCACCCAAAGAUUUGACCUUGGUGACAGAGUGAUUUACAUCCAAAAUUCAGGCAAAGUACCUCUAUUCUCGAAGGGUACAGUGGUAGGUUACACUACAAUUGGCCCAAGGCUGUCAGUACAGGUUUUAUUUGAUCAUGAGAUUGUAGCAGGAAACAAUUUCGGAGGGAGGUUGAGAACCAAGCGUGGUCUCGGGCUAGACUCUUCUUUCCUACUUAACUUAACAAACAGACAGUUCAUUUACCACUCUAAAGCUUCCAAGUCCGUGAAAGAUUCUUCCAAGAAAUCCCAAAAACCUGUUAGAACUGGUCAAGCCAGAGUUAGCGCACCUGGUGCACCCGUCCGUCAAGGAGACGCCGAGACCAAGAAAAAACAAGCUCAUGAGCUUUUAACUCACAUCAAGGGCGCGAAGAGUGAUGCUAAGUCAGACGAUCGAAAGUCUUCGGAAAAAGAUAGCGCUCAACAACGUGAAAAGGCUGCAUCUGAUGAACAUCCCCAGGUAAGCUCCCCGAGCGACACAGUCAUCGCAAGCAACAUUUACAAUGCUGUCUUCAACCAAUUUUCUGGCGAGGGAGGUAUUUCAGCUCCGAAUCAAUUUCCUCAUGGUCUCCCAUACGAUGUGCCGCCUCCAAAUGCCGUGCCUCCUCAUUUUGUGGGUCAUAUUCCACCUAUGGGAUACUAUCCUCCUCAAAGUCCUGUUCCUCCUAUGAUGCCACCGCACGCAGGAAACUUUGCUCAGCCAUACCAGGUUCCUGGCACCGUUCAGCAUUUCAACGCGGCUACGUUGAAUAACGGAACUAACAAUAUCAAUGGUACACAACCUCCUCUUGAGUUUGAGGAUGGCUCUAACCGUGAAAAUGGAGAUGGAAACGCCAUCCAGCACUCGUUCAGAGGUCGUGGAACCUCAGGUAGAGGCAGGGGAGGCUUCAGAGGUCGCGGAUCCACUCGUGGUCGCGGUUGCGGUAGAGGCAGAGGUAACCACACUGGACGUGGAAAUGCCAAUAACGUCGCUUAA